AUGGAGCAGACAAAAACGGCUGUCAAGAAUUUCGUUUCCGCUUCAGCCAAAUGCCAAGUGUAUGAGAGGAUUCCAUGUGGCGAUCCUGCUUUCGGCCAGGCUGCUUGUGAAGCCAUAAACUGCUGCUUUGAUGGCCAGCAGUGUUACUAUGGGAAUGCAGUGACUGUGCAGUGCACAAGGGAUGGUCAGUUUGUGGUUGUGGUGGCCAAGGAUUCCACUGUGCCCCAGCUGGAUGUGGCCAGUGUCUCCCUGCUGGGUGGAAAUGCUGCCCCUUGCCUCCCUGUUGCCACUACAAAUGCCUUUGCCAUCUACACCUUCCCUGUGACUGCCUGUGGCACUGUGGUCAAGCCCUCCUUGCUGGUGUCUGUAUCUGAUGGCCUGCUGUUGCCUGGCAGGCUCCUCUUCCAGUGUAGGUAUUGGGGUGCUGAGGUUGCGUCCCUGGUGGCCGCUGUGAAUACAGUUCCACCACCUCUGCCAGUAGCUGCUCCAGGGCCUCUGCGGGUGGAGCUGAGGCUGGCAAAUGGCCAGUGUUACACUAAAGGGUGUGAUGAAGGAGCUGCUGCAUAUACCUCCUACUACCAGGACAGCGACUACCCUGUGACCAAGGUGUUGCGGCAGCCUGUAUAUGUUGAGGUUCGCAUCCUGAAUAGGACGGACCCCAACCUUGUCCUGGUUCUGGAGAACUGCUGGGCAACACCUGGCCUUGACCCUCUGAGCCUGCCUCAGUGGAACCUCCUGGUUGACAGGUGCCCCUACCAAGGUGACAAGUACCAGACCACCUUGGUUCCUGUGGAUGCUUCCUCUGGGCUUCCCUUCCCAACCCACUACAAGCGCUUCAUUGUGAAGAUGUUCGCAUUUGUGGACCCAGCCUCCCAGCGACGUUAUCAGGGGAAGGGGUUCAUCCACUGCAGUGUAGCUGUGUGCCGCCCAUCGGCCACUGACAGCUGUGAGCAGAGGUGCUUCAGGAAAGGUAGGGAUGUUGCUGCUGCACACAAGAGCUCCUCCCCUGACACGACUGUGGUGUCCAGUGGGGAAAUGCAUCUGGUGGCCCCCAGAGUCGGACACAUGGCUGGCCGGUGGUGAUGGAAAGCUG